AUGAGCAAGUAUGCUGCGCUACAGCGGGCCGGGCUGCAUCUGGAUUUCAUCCAUGCCAACUCCACAACCCACAGUUUCCUUUUUGGGGCUCUGGCAGAAUUGCUGGACAAUGCAAGAGAUGCAGGGGCUGCAAGACUUGAUGUAUUUUCAGUGGAUAAUGAAAAACUGCAGGGUGGAUUCAUGUUGUGCUUCCUGGAUGAUGGAUGUGGCAUGAACCCUGAGGAAACUUCAGACAUCAUUUACUUUGGAACAUCCAAGAAACAGUUAUCAACUUUGAAGUUCAUUGGGCAAUAUGGCAAUGGGCUUAAAAGUGGGUCCAUGAGAAUUGGAAAAGACUUCAUCCUUUUUACAAAGAAGGAAGAAACCAUGACCUGUCUAUUUUUUUCUCAGACAUUCUGUGAAAAAGAAGGUCUUACUGAGGUUGUAGUUCCAAUACCUUCAUGGUUAACAAGAACCAGAGAAUCUGUCACAGAUGAUCCCCAAAAAUUCUCAACAGAAUUAUCUAUAAUUUAUAAAUACUCUCCAUUUAAAAAUGAAGCUGAAUUGAUGCAGCAAUUUGAUAUAAUCUAUGGAAAAUGUGGUACUUUGUUGGUUAUUUAUAACAUGAAGCUUCUGCUUACUGGAGAACCAGAGCUGGAUGUUAAAACUGACAAGGAAGACAUACUAAUGGCGGGGGCUCUGGAAGAGGAUUUUCCAGAGAAAUGGUCACUGAGAGCCUAUACAUCUGUACUGUAUUUUGACCCUUGGAUGAGAAUAUUCAUUCAAGCCAAAAGAGUUCAAACAAAACACCUAUAUUAUUGCCUCUACAAACCCAGAAAGUACUUGUAUGUCACAUCUUCUUUUAAAGGAACAUUUAAAAAUGAUGUUAAAAAGGCAGAAGAAGCAGUAAAGAUUGCUGAAUUCAUGUUAAAAGAAGCUCAAAUCAAAGUAAACCAGCCUAACACAAUUUCUUUGUCUUCUGCCAAGGAUGUAUUACAGAAAGCUUUGGAAGAAGUAGAAGCAAAGCACAAAAAUCUUAAAGAAAAACAGAGAGAAUUAAGAAAAGCAAGAACACUUUCUCUAUUUUUUGGAGUGAACAUAGAAAACCAAAGCCAAGCUGGAAUGUUCAUUUACAGUAAUAACCGUUUGAUCAAAAUGCAUGAGAAAGUGGGCCCACAGUUGAAACUGAAGUCCUUACUUGGUGCAGGCGUGGUUGGAAUUGUUAACAUACCAUUGGAGGUCAUGGAACCAUCCCAUAAUAAACAGGAAUUUCUCAAUGUUCAGGAGUAUAAUCGUCUACUGAAAGUCAUGGGCCAGUACUUGGUCCAGUACUGUAAGGACACCGGGAUCAGUAAUAGAAAUCUAACAUUGUUUUGGAAUGAAUUUGGAUACCAGAAUAACAAGGACAAAGAGAAAUCUUUAGAGUCUAUUCAAUACCAAAGAAGACAAGCUAUGGCUAUCCCAAUCAUCAUGCAAUGUGAUCUUUGCCUUAAAUGGAGAGUUUUGCCCUCCUCUACUAAUUAUCAGGAAAAAGAAUUUGUUGACAUGUGGAUUUGUGCUAAUAAUCCUAAUCUCUCAGAAAACAGUUGUCAUCAGAUAGAAUAUCUACCUUCCAUCCCCCUGGGCACCAUGGGCACAGUCUCAUCAUCAAAAAAUGAGAAAGAGAAGCAACUUAGAGAGUCAGUCCAAAGGUAUCAAAACAAACUGGCAGAACUGCAGCCACAGAAACCUCAACUUAUACCAGCAAGUAAGAUCACUGAGUUCACUUCCACCUGCCUGGCUUCAGCACCCAAGGAAAAUACCAAAACUCAGAAAACCAGGCCUUCCACUUAUGACUUGAAGCACGAAUCUCUUUCAUCCUUUGAGUUUUCAGCCAGCCAUGGAAACCAAGAAAGAAACACAGAAGGUGCAGAUCCUGAUAUAGAAUAUGUUUCAAAGACCAAAAUAAUGAAGAAGUCUAUGUACAAGAAAAUGAAACCCCAACAGCAGAGGCAUGCAGCAACUAUGCCAGAAAAUGUCAAACUAGCUGAGAGAUCCCAGACCUCCUCUUCGGAAAUGAAAAGGAGGCAGAGUCUAAACCAUGCACAGGAAUGUAAGGCAGUGAUUGAAGUUGAAUCCAGCAAGAACAAUCAAGAUACAAUACUGGUUCUGGAUGAAGGCGAUACUGAUGUUUCAUUGAAACAAGAAAAACAGGAAGUUCCUCUCAUAAACAAAGAAAAACAGGAGCUAUGCAAUAAUACUCCAGCAAUAAAUAGAAAGUCUGCAUUGCUUAACCUCAAAAGCUUGCUCAAUGUGCCAGUGGAAGAUUUAAGUCCGAGUUCUGGACACAAAGCCAGUGUUUCUGUGAGUGACAGUGAUGGAGUUGCUUCUUCGCUGACCAUGUCUUCUCAAAGCACAUCUCCCAAGGAAACAGUGAGAAAGCUGAUGUCUAAUUUAAGGGAGAUUCUUCUGUAUUUUGUUCCGAAGUGUCAGUUAGCAUCAGAAUUUGACUGCACAUCUGUGGAAGAACUUAUAGAAGAUCCUGAGCUGGAGCACUGCCCAGAGCAGACAAACAAAAAGCUGAAAAUAUGUUUCAACCAGGUCCAGAAUAUUUACAUGGUCCAAUACGAAAAAAAGCUGAAGAGAAAAAUGCAGUCCAUAAUCUAUGAUGCAAAUAGAAGAGGAAUACUUAAUGAAGUCUCGCUAGGACAAUGUGAACAAAAAAGAAAAAUUGCUGAGGAAAAACUGAAUAAUCUUCGUGCCAAACUGGCAGUGUUGUUGCAGAAACUUCAGCUGGGUGGUCCAGCAGGUGACCUGGAGCAGAUUGAUGCUUAUUUAGAAGAUUUGCUUAAAGAAGAUAAACUUCAUUUCCAGAAGACUUUAAAUAAAGGGACUCUAGAUGCAGGGCAUAUUCUCCCUUCAGAGAACAACUAA